UCCCCACCUUUUUCAUAUGAUUCAAGCGGCCGCCUCAAACAUCAACAGUCGUCAUGAAAACAUUCAAAAUAGUCAUCAAGAUACCGGUACAGGCCAAUAACUGAUUAUUGACUUUACUACUUAACAGUCAGUGAAGCUGAAGGCGUCUCGAGUAUGUCUCAGUAACUUGGUUAUCAGUUGGACCUUUACCCUUGGAAUGGAGUAUUACAACACCAGAUUAAGAUCCACUUCUGUUUGAACGUUAAAUUCAUUUCUGCGCAUUAAUUAGAUGAAAAACUUCUUGGUAUGUUUCACUAACUAUAGAUAACGAAGGAAGAAAAUCUACUAACUGUAUUUUUUGAUGGAUUUAUAAAUUUAAUGCAGAGUAAGAUGGAGAAAUGUUGUUUUGAGUGGAAGAAGGAACUAUAUUAGUAAUAUGUUGUUAAGGCAAUCAACUUGUUAAUCAUUAUUUCGUUAAGUGAUUAAGAGGGCAAAAGUCAAGAUGACACAGUGGAAAGAAAAUUUGCAAAAUAUUCAUGCCACAGAUGCCAAAGAAUUUCUUCUCGGAGGGACGUCAACAAUGGAUCAGGUCUUUCUGUCGCACCAGUGUCCUCAUACAGAGGCGACAGAUUUCACAAUAGAUGUUUGCAACAACAAACUUGAAAAAGUUUCAUCACCGACCAUAUCGUCGCCGCGGGAGACAUUCGAUUUUAGCACUGACAACAAGAAAACGAAUUGUUAUCAAGUGACGUUAUCAUCAGUUGUGUUAAUAGCUUUAACGUGCUUUCUGUUACUAGUGUGUCGUGACUACAUUAAAGAUCUGCUAGUAUGGAUGGAAAACAUUGACCUUACGGUCAGCCUUUUGAUAUUUGUAGUUCUUUACACAGUAGUUUCAUACCCAAUGGCAUGGGGCGUAAUUCUACUGAUGAUAGCGUGUGGAUAUUUAUAUGGAAUAAUUUACGGACCUAUAGUUGUCGAAGUAUGUAGCGCUGUAGGAGUAGCUAUCGCUCAUGUGACGAUGAAAAGAUUUUGCCGUAGUUUUAUAAUUAAGAGAUUUUAUAACGACAAUAUGACAGCUGUGAUAUCUGUUGUGGGUGGAAAACAUGGUUUUAAAGUAGUAGCAUUAACUAGAUUGACACCUUUGCCAUUUGGCCUUCAAAAUAGCUUAUUUUCAUUAACUGAUAUACCAUUGUUGUCGUAUGUGUCUGCCUCCACAUUAGGGAUGUUGCCAACAGCGGUGCUCAACUGUUACAUGGGGACGACUUUACGUUCCAUGAAUGAUAUACUCACAGAUGAAACUAACCAAACUACAGGGUGGAUAGUCUUAACAGUUCAGAUUCUUUUUACUAUAGCUUUGAUGUAUUUUGUGGUGCGUAAAGCUCGCGUAGAGCUCAAGAAAACAGUCGAGGAUACAGACGAUCCCUCGAGACAAUCACCUGUUCCAGAGGUUGUUGUACAUGAAGAUGCUCAAAAGUAUAAAACCGAGAUUUGUAAAACAAAUGGAUUUGUCCAUAAUGAUAGAAGUAGAAAGAAAAGCGGAAAUUAACAUUGCAUUUUUCCGUCAGUUUUAAGUUAGUUUACUUUUCAGUGAAUUUUCACAAGUGUCAAAAUUUUGUUUCAUUUUGGAUGUUUUGAUUUUAAGAUGUUAAGUCAAAUGUUUUUAGCUUUGUGAGAUUUACUAUUUUUAUCUGGACUUCUUUCUUGUUCAGGGGUGGGGAGGGUGAACUUAUUUUUGUCUUUCUUUGAAAUUGUAAGAAGAAUCGUUCCAGCCCAGAAUCUGCAAACAGCAAGAAACCCCAAAUGUAUUUUUAUAAAUUUGAGCUAAUGAACAAAGUAGCUAGCUAUGAAAAUUCAAUCAAAAUCAUAGAAUAUGAUAUUAAAUUUGAAUUGGAGUGACAGUGCAUAAUGAAUAUGCAACGUCACUGCAUGAAAAGUUUUGCAGAAUCAUGAUCUAUAAUUGAAGUAGUGUUUGAACUGGAAUCAGUUAACUGGUGUAUUUAUACAGUCCAUGUUGUUAAGUUAAUUUCAGUUUUUGAAGUUCAUUUUUUCAAACCAGGUUUAGGUAACAUGAAGCUAUUAAAUUACAGCUCCUGUAGCUAGCCCUGAACUGAGGGCAAUUUUUUGCAGAGUCAGUGCAUAAUUUGCGCUUUCACCUGCAUUGUGUCAAAGUUUAGAAAUUUGAAUUAUAGAAUGUUAGUCAUGCGUACAAAUCUGCAAUAGCAUAUUGUGUUCCAGUAGAUGUAGAACAUAACUUUAUUGCCUGCCCAUCACUUUAGCUGAGACAAUCAUGUAUGGUAACCUAGAAAAGUAACGGAGGUUACAUAAUGUAUGUGUGGUUGAAAGCAGAAUUUAGAGUGCUUAGUUUACAAAAUUAAGCAGUGAAAGUGGUCAGUUUAUAUAUCAUCUUCAUUCCCACCAAAAUGAUCAAUUCUAGAUCAAUUCUAGUGUUCAGUUUCAUAUUUUUUUUGUAAUUGAGAAAUACUCUAAUACUGGGUUAAUAUAAUCUUGGAAGGAUAAGGUCCACAGAAAACAUAAUCUAGGAAGGAUAAGGUCCACAUAAAACAUAAUCUAGGAAGGAUAAGGUCCACAGAAAACAUAAUCUUGGAAGGAUAAGGUCCACAGAAAACAUAAUAUUUGUAAGAUUACAUCAACUAAAACAUGUCUUUAGUAAGACUAGAUCUAUGGAAAACAUAAUCUUGUUAAGAUUAGGUCUGCGGAAAAAUAAUCUUGGAAGGAUCAACUUCAUGGAAAACAUAGUAUUUAUAAGAUUACAUCCACUAAACAUGUCUUUGGUAAGAUUAGGUCCGUUGAGAACAACCGUAAUUUUGGAAGAAUAAGGUCCAUGGCAAUUGGUAAGAUCAGGUCUGUGGAAAAUAUAAUCUUGGAAGGAUUAGAUCCACUGACAGUUUAAUCUUAGUAAGAUUAGGUCCAUGAAAAACAUAAUCUUGGAAGGAUUAGGUCCAUGGGAAACAUACUUUUGUUAAAAUUAGGCCCACAGAAAAUUUAAUUUUUGUAAGAAUAUGUGCAAAAAAAACCCCAACCUAACUGCAUGAGCAUUUGGUACAUUAUCUCAAUUUUAUAAAUUUGUUUGUGGAGCACUCAGACACAUUCACUGGCUUUAAUAUUGAUUUAAAGUAGUCCUUAUCCAUAAAAUGUCCAUAUUUAGAGAGGAAUGUUUGUAUAAGUUUGAAGUAAAUGAUGCUUUGUCAGCACGUUUCCCUUGGUAAUAGAAAAUUUGUCUCAAUAUUUUGCUCAUUUGGCAAUAAUGCCAAAUGAAAUUUGAUAUUUUGCCUGCAAGAAAUAUCAGAAUUAAAUUGAUUUCCAUAGAAAUGCCACAGUUAGAGAAUUAAACAGUUGAAGAGAUGUGUAGUGAAGCAAAUAUUGUCAAAGGAAAAGUUAAAAAAAAAAAGAAUUAUUGUAGAUGGCCAAAACACAAAUGGUGAAGAUUUUUAUUUUGUUUAAGUGACAUUGCAUUACCUACUUCAGUCUGUCAUUAGUUGAACUGAAAAGUUGAAACAGUUGUACUUUAGUAAAGAAUUGACAUGUUAAAUGAGCCCAUUCGUUUUAUAUUCAAAAUUUGAAAUCCAUAAUUAUUUAUUUCCCCAUGUAAAAUAGCCGUUUUUGGCCAAAAUAAAAAAUUUAAUAAUUUCUUAGUUUUGCAUCAACUUCUGUCAUUAAUGUUUUCAUUUUAAUAUUAUUUACUGCAUUUGUAAUUGAAAUGAUAGUGACAGAUUGUUUGCAUUAAUUUUUUUAUGUUGAAAGUUAUACAUUGUGAACGGAAGUCAGCAAUAAAAUUGAUUAUUUGAUGAAGCUUAAGGCCAAGUAUUCAUGCUGACAUACUUGAAAUGCAAAUUUUUCAUUUUACUGUCGUUUACUAUAGAAUGGAUAAUAUAUGCAUUGGUUUUCUUUUUGCAAAGUGCAUAUUCUUAACAGUAUAAAUAUUGAGGUAUCUCAAGUGACAAAAUGUAAGUGACACAAAACUCCCCAAUUUAUUGUAUUUUGAUUAUUAUGUACAAUGCUUUCAUUAGCUCAACUUUUCGAAGAAUAAUGAGAGCUGUUCAACUCACCUGGGCAUCAGCAUCACACCUUGGCUAAAGUUUUGGGUUCUAGUUCAUGUCUCGGUAAUCAUUGCAUGUAUAUGAUUGAAACUUUACACAAUGCUUCCUAGUCAUCAAAAGUACUGUUGUAACCAAGUUAGAUAACUCUUUCUUGAAUUUCAUUGAAAUUAUGGCCUUUUUCAACUAAGAAAAAUCAAUUAAAGUAUUUGAUGCAACCAACUUUGCAAGCUGUAUCUCUGUAACGACUAAAUGUAUUGGAGUCGAACUUCACACAAUGCUUUCUAGUCAUCAGACCUUCUGAAAUAACCAAGUCAGGUAACUCUUAGCUGUAUUUAAUUCAAAGUAUUGCCCUUUUUCAGCAUAGAAAUUUUUGUUCUGCUUUCAAGUUGUUACUGUUGCCAUAAUGAAAUUUUAUUUUUUUUUAUAAAUUAUAGUUGAAUAACUCAGUUACAUAUAUCUUGCCAAGUUAAGGCCCUUGUCCAACUUAGAAGCUGUUGAAUAGUUGAGCUUCUGGUCUUCUGGACAGCUCUUGUUGUCAGUCACAUAUAUCUGCAGUGCCAGAAAAUUGUUGUAUUCAGCAGCAUUAUCUGAAACUGUAUAACGAGCUUCAAAGUGCAGUUUUAACAAUAUGAAUGUAGCACUAUGAAAUACAUGUAACAAAAUAGAAGUGAUGUGAAAAAUAUCCAGUCUACAGUAAUUUGCAUAUUCAUUAGACUGCGACUUCAUUUCAUUUAGAAAACAAGUUAAAAUGUAGGAUAAUAAUGAUAUAAUUGUUUUCCUUACCUGUUAUUUUGGUUGUAGGUUUGUCAGCUUAAGAAAGAAAAGAUGCGGUGUUAUGAAAUACUCAGUAUUCACCUCAUGGGAAUGGUAUUAUAUGCCAUACUAAGUUGAUCAGUUGUUCUACAGAUUUUUGUAAAAAUAAGAACUUGUCUGCCAUUCUUAUUCGAAAGAAACAAAAUAAUACAUGAAAUUAUAUUAUUUGGAUUGAAGUUUGACAUAAUAUUAUGUAUUAAUGUAUGUACUUAAUUAAGGGGAUAAAUCUUAUAAAAACAAAACAAAAACAGAAGACAGAAAGAGUACUUUUGUUUAUUGUGAAUCUUAUUACAGAUUAAUCUUUGAGGGUGAGUGAAGUUUUCAUUUAUUUCAAGGAAGAGUUCACAGAAUCAAAUCAAAAAGAAAUUAAAGUAAGUUAAAUUUUUAAAGCUAAAUUUGAAAUCUAUGACUAUCUGUACGAAUGAAAUAGCUGUUUUUGGCCAAAAAUCUAGAAACUUAAUGUGUACAAUUAAGUUAACAGAUUGUACAGUAUAUGAAAGCAAAGUUAAGCAGGAAGGGAGGAAAUGAAUAAAAACAACUUAUUCAUAUAAGAAUCACAGGAUUUUAGUCAGGUUUUCACAAGAGAUGAUAAUUCCCUAACUACUGUUAACCCUAAUUUUUGUGGGGGACUAAUUUUAGUGGAUUUACUGGUUGCAUCAUUCCAGAAAAUUAGAUAAUGAACAAGAAAAUUCCUUUCUUUUUAUCUUGAUUAAAUGGAAAUCCCUAAAUUCAUAUCCCAAUGAAUUUGCUGUUUUGGGCAAAAGCACAUUUAUUUACCCUCUAAAGAAAGUGGUUUCACAGUACUAAUCUGAGAAAAAAAAACAGAAUAAAAAAGUAGAAUAUUUGAUCAAUUUGGUUUGGCCUACAGUAGUUUAACACAAUUUGUAUGCUCUGCUUCUGCACACAUUGAAAUAACAGCUUAUAACUUGGCUUUAAAGACCUAAUUACUGAUGUUUAUUUCGUUAUAGUGACUUCACUAUGUAAAUGAAUCAUUAUUUAUAUAUAUUUUAGCAUACAUUAAUGUUACAUAUUUUAGAACACAUUUAUGUAUAUGAGACAGCAUGCAUGAAUUUUGAAUCGUACAUUUGAACAUACUCUACCAACUGUGAUAAAUACUCUGUGAAAUCCUGUCUGUAUUGUGUCUGACUCGUGAUGUUUCGUGUUGGUUUUCCUGUUGAAACUGAUGAUUUAUAAUGUAUGAACAAGAUUUGAAUGACUGUUAUGCUGUUUAAAGAGUAAUUUUAAAGCGAUAUUUUUAUUGAUUGAAGAAAUAUAGAAGAUGAAUUAUAACAUUUAUAUCUUGACUUUCUUUAAAGCUUCUUUCCUUUGUCAAUAUAACUAAAGAAAUAUUCAGAUUUUUGUGUUAGUGCAUGUCUUUUAUUCAGUUCCAUUUUUUAUAAACCAUGGGUAAAAAUCAUAUGAAAAAAAUUCUUCAUUUUUUUUCGUAUGUUUUAUAUUUCUUGAGCAAAUUUGCUAACUUUUAUAAUGCUGUCUUUUAAAAAAAACAAUGUUUUAUAUAAAACUAUGAACCUUGUUAUUUUUUUCAAAUGAACUCGCAUUUCGUUUGAAUAGUAUUUCAUGUGUUUUUCAUCACCACCAGUAAUUUUACAGUGUUCUUUGAAUUUGGGGUCUCGUCUUUAAAACGAUCUCUCUUUUAGGGGAGUAGUAACAGUAGUUCUAGCUUUAUAACUUGGGGGGAAAAUUGCUCCAUUCCUAUUCUAUGAUAAUUUUACAGUGUUUGUUCGAUGGUGCUUUAUAUUUUAUUUCUGAGAAAGAAUGUACCAUAUAUUAAAUAAGGUGUGAAAGAUGCAACAAAAAAAAAUUGGUUUUGUUUGAAAUAAGUAUAUUUUGUUGGGAUAAAUUGAACAUAUGAGCUGCGCCAUGAGAAAAUCAACAUAGUGGGUUUGCGACCAGCAUGGAUCCAGACCAGCCUGCGCAGUCUGGUCAGGCUCCAUGCUGUUCGCUUUUAAAGCCUAUUGGAAUUGAAGAAACUGUUAGCGAACAGCAUGGAUCCUGACCAGACUGCGCGGAUGCGCAGGCUGGUCUGGAUCCAUGCUGGUCGCAUACCUACUAUGUUGGUUUUCCCGUGGCAUGGCUCAUAUAUGUAAGUAGAAUACUAGAAUAUUUGUAAGGGCUGAGUAUUCUUAUAAUGCUUGCCAUUUUAAUACUUUCAUCAUUUUUGUAACAUCUUAAUUUUAGUGAGAAUAGAAUUUGUAUACCAAAAUCUGUAUUUAUCAAUGUUUAAUGUCACAAAUUUAAUGUUAGCAUUGCAGAAAAAAUUUACAUGUCUGAUGGCGUAUUGAUUUAGUAGAUUUUUAAAGAAAAUUAUGAUACUGAAUCUACCAUAUUGAUAAAUUUUUAAUGGAAUUUUUGAAAGUAGCAUAAAGUACAGUCUAGCACUUGUAACAGAAACAUUUUACAUUCCAGUACUAGAAUUUUAGAAUUUUGAUGAGGAUGGAUGUAUAAAAGGCUAUGCAUGUCUGAGUUUCAUAAUAGAUUUGUUUACAAGCUUCUAGUCUUUUGUACUAAUCAUUUAGGAAAACAUGUCAUGUUAGCUUUUUGAUAUAAACACAUUUAUUAUCUGAUAAUUCGUAUAGCUCUCAGGCAAUGAUGUGUCAGUAAAAAAUAGCAGUAUUUUUUCUUGUUAUUGGUUCACUCCUUUAUACCGUAAUAAAGUAGUUCAUAUUGACCUGACAUGUUGUCCUGAAUGAUUAGUAUUUAUGGUAUUCAGGUCAUAGGUGUUUUGAACUAAUUGCUUUUCAAAUUGACCUCUUUUUUGAGGUGAUGAAUUGUACCUUAAAGAUAUAUUAUGCCCAAAUUUCAUAUUUGAAAAUACCAACAAUUACUAAAGGGUUUCUAUGUAAAUAUAGCAUUUACAUGUUUGUGUGUUUAAACAGUGUAAUUGUAUUUUAGGUUUAAAAUACUACAAACAUAUAAGUUAACACAGUAUGAAUGUGUAAUGCCAAGAAGAAACUGGAUUUUUUUUUCCAAAAAAAAAGUUAGUUGAUCUCUCCAAAUUAAAUACAUUUCACAAGGAUUUUGUAGAUUUUAAACUAUAUCCGUUAGUAUGAAAAUUCAACAAAAUAUGGGCAUAAUGUAUUCUUUAAGUAGGGUAAAUGUCAUGAUAUCAUAUCUAAGAUCAAAUCAAUAUAGGCAUCUUCUCUGCUUCUCUUCCAAGUACAGUAAAAUCAGAAAUUUUGAGAGGAAUAUUUUGUUUACUUUAUUUUCUAACUGACUUUAUUCUGUAAAUAAGAUACUGUCUAAGUUGUUGUUACUACUUCAAGUUUUAAUUAGCCAUGUUCUUUACACAAGUUGGCCAUAUAUAGUGGAUAUUCUACCUUGCAAACUAAUCAGAAUUUAAAAAUAUUGAACUUUAGCCUCACGACAAUAUGUGAUUUAUGGUAUAAAACUACAGAGAGCGCCUUGAUCAGUAUGUACAGCAGGAGACUAUGAAUAGAGAAGUUUGAUACACGUGCAAGGUGUUUGCUCACAGAAGACGACAAGCCCACCCGCUUAGCUCAGUAGGUAGAGCGUUGGUCUACAGAUCACAGGGUCAUGGGUUCGAUCCUCGGGCAGGGCGUAUGUUCUCUGUGACUAUUUGAUAAAUGACAUUAUGUUUGAAAUCAUUAGCUCUCCACCUCUGAUUCGUGUGGGGAAGUUGGCAGUUACUUGCGGAGAACUGGUACAAAAUCAAGGAACACUGGUUAGGUUAAAUGCCCGCCGUUACAUGACUGAAAUACUGUUGAAAACAGUGUUAAACCCAAAACAAACAAACAAACUGAAGACUACAUGUUCUUCACCCCUGUCGCAGUUGAGGAAGUUGUAAGUUAUUGGAAGAGAAAAAAGCAGUAAUGGUCCACAAACACAGGUUAUUUCAACCAACUGUUUUGCUGUUAUUUAACUGAAAUAGAUUCAAAACAGAAUGGAAAACUGCCCUAACUCUAUGAAUUUAAAGAAAUAUUUAAGUUUGUUUUUCAUUGCUGAGGUCAAGGUUGGAGAAUUCCAAGUUUUUUCAAGUUCAAGUUGUUUAUAUUCUUAAGAAUGUUGAUUUUUUUUCCCAAAUUUUUGUAUUUUUACUACUUUUAAUAUACAUGUACAUAUAAUCUUAUUUUUUAUUUGUUACAAGUUUAAAGUUCUUAUUUUCUUUUAAACUUGUUUAAAGUGAUACAAAACUUUAAAAUGUGCUUAAAUAUUUUUUCUUAUAAAGUCCUCAAGAUUAAGAAGUAAUGUUGGUUAUAUCCCUUAGAGCUGUGACUUGUGUUUAAAGGCAUUAGUACAACCUACAUUUUUCAAACAGCAUAGUAGAAAGCAUGCAAAGAUCCCACCUUUUACAGCCAAGCAGACUUGAAUUCCAGGUAAAUAAAUGGCACCAUAAUUUUGAUAAGCGGUAUUACAUGAGUAAAUAUAUAAAUUUCUGGUCUAUAUUUUCUGCUAUAUGACGGGUCUGUUUACUGGGUUAAUAAGGAAAAAAAAUAGCAGUGAAAAUGUAAAAUUUCUGUUGUCAUGUAAAAAAAAAUUACUGAAUAUCUUGCCAGCCAGUAAUCAAGACUAUAUCAUUCGAACACAGUCGGAGAUAAUGAAUUGCUCAUUUGGCAUAUUGUAUCAUUGUUUAUACAGAAGGAAUGAUAGUCCUUAGAAACGUUUGUAGUUGUCAAACCUUGAAAUUGGCAUGCAAAUUAUUAUGAAGAAAGCAUGUUAAAUUCCUACAGAAGGAUUUCAGUAGGUUGUAAGAAUGCCUUUAAAUACUUUGUCGAGGAAAACACUGAGAGUUAAAUGCUUUAUUAUUAAUACUGUUGUUUAUGAAAUCUGUAUUAUUUGUCAUUAUUUCAUAUAUCUUGUAUGAACAUUCCAGAGGCAUUAACCUAUAAAUUCAUCAAUUUUCCAGGAAAACUGACCUUUAUUGGCAAAGUUUUCGAAGUCCACACAUUAUUCUUGUGUAAGAAGUUUCACUGGAAUACAAAUUUGUUGCUGUGUCUGUUUCAAGGAUUGGUUGUUCAUUUCUCAUUAUUCAUAAUCGUUUUAUUUAUUUUUAUGCCCCCGGCAUCUAUGGUGUGGGAGGCAUAUAGUGAUUGUCCUGUUCGUCUGUCCGUCCGUCCGUAUGAGGUUAACCAAAUGGGACCGUUUUGUCUAGCAUCAAUACCCCUUACUAGAAUGACUUGAUACUAAUGCAGAUGUAACCUGUGACCAUUCCUCAUCUUCAAAUAUCACCUGACCUCAGUUUGACCUUGACCUCGUUUUAGACUUUGGUUGCUUUGUAUCGGCAAGGAUGCCACCGGGGGCAUCAAGCGUUUAUUGAACGCAGCUUCUUGUUCUCAUAAAUUAUUGAUGAAGAUAGUGUUUUAUGGAGAAUGACUUUGAUUGGAAUGUUAUGCUUUUGUAUGCUACUUUAUGUUGUUUACUAGAACAAACAAAAGGAUGGUAUUUGUGUAAAUUUUGUUUCACAUUCAUCGGAUCUUUACAUUGUAACAUUUUAACUCUACCCUAUUUAUUAUGUUUGAAAUUUGCCACAAAGUACAUUUGUGGUGCUAGCAUGUUUAAAUUUUAUGUACAUUCAUCCAGUGAUUCAGCAAAGUAUGACUGGUUUCUUGUACUGAGUAUGUUGAAUGUGUUGGUUUUCAAGAUUUUCUUAGGUCUGAGUUAGGGUGACAUUACAACAGUUUGUAUUGCCUUAUCAUAACUAUAAAAUUGAAACAUUCAGAGACCAGCAAAAUAACACAGUAGAUAAAAUCAGGAACCAAGACCUAGUGAUGAUAUAUAGUGAUGUAUGUUAACUUUUAUGCCUCCGAAGGUGGGCAUAUUAAAAUCUCACAGUCUGUCUGUGUGGUUGUGUGUGUGUGUAAAUUCUUGUCCAGCCUGUAACUCUGCCAUCCAUAAAGUGAUCUUGAAAUAACUUGGCAUAAAUGUUCAUCAUAAUGAGAACGUGUCAUGCGAAAGACCCAGACCCCUAGCUCCAUGGUGAAGGUCACAGAGGUCAAAGGUUAACAGGGUCUGUUUCGUGUCCAGUCCAUAACUCUGCCAUCAUUGAAGGGAUUUUAAAAUAACUUGGCAUAAAUGUUUACCAUAAUGAGACGACGUGUCAUGCCCAAGACCCAGACCCCUACCUCCAAGGUCAAGGUCACACUUGGAGGUUAAAGGUUAACAUGGUCUGUUUCUUGUCCAGUCCAUAACUCUGCCAUUGAUGAAGGGAUUUUAAAAUUACAUGGCAUAAAUGUUCCCUAUAUUGAGAUGACAUGUCAUGCACAAGACCCAGACCCCUAGCUCCAAGGUCAAGGUCACACUUAGAAGUGUUUCUUGUCUGGUCAGUAACUCUGCCAUUUAUCAAUGGAUUUGAAAAUAACUUGACACAAAUGUUAACCAUAUUGAGAAGGUUUGUCACUCUUAUGACCCGGGUCUCUUGGGUCAAGGUCAAGGUCACUAAAUGAUGUGUUUUUUUUGCGCAGACAACUGUAGCAUUCUUGGGCAUGCUUCGGGGGCAUAUGUCGCCAAUAGUGACAGCUCUUGUUUGUUUUUAGUGUGUUCUUGUGUAGAAUUUGUAUUAAUGUAUUUUAAUGUUUAUGCCAGUUUAUAGAUAGUUUUAAAGCAAGAUCAGUAUUGUUAGUGUGUUUCUAUUUUCCAAGAAAUUACAUAAUUUGAAUAAGCCAUUAUUGUCUUUGAAGGCUGUUUACCCUUUAACCUGCUGGCGGCAAGUGAUUCUGCCUUUGGGACCAGUACAGACAAAGAUGGUCUGCACUGUUCGCAUUCAGUCAGUAAAUUUUCAGUGAACACCACUUUGAAUAAUAAAUGGUACGGCCCAGAUUGAAUGAUGGACCAGUCCAUUUUUAGAUAUUUAGCAGGCUAAGGGUUAAUAAGUCAGACUUGCAUGGUCUUAUCUUGUUUCCAGCAUUGUUUUAUUUUAUUUCAAGAAGAGAUUUUAAUGUUUUAGUAGACAUUUGUUUUAUUAACUACUAUAUAUUUAUGUAGUGUACAUGUAUCUACUGAAAAUGGCCAAAAAUGUAACUUAAUCACUUGCUUCAUGUAAAAUUGCAUGUUUUAAACUUCAAGUUUAGUGUUUUUCACACGCAUUUUGAAUGUGUGUGACUAAUAUGUGUGAAAAUUGUAAUGUUCUGAAUUUAGAUAUUGAAAUAUAGAGUGAAAUUCUACAUACUAUACCAGUACAAGUAUGAAAUUUCAGUCUUUCUGUUGUCAUGUUGAAAUGAUAGUUAUGAUAAUAUUUUACCCUUAUUUGUUUUCUGAUGCAGUGUUCAUUUUAUUUAGUAAAAAUUUAGUUCUAGAAUACUAAUAUAGAGAAUAAUACUUUAGUUAUGCUCUAACAGUAGACACUGUUUCACAUUUUUGGAUAGAUAGAUGGUUACGAUUUUAUCACAGCAUAUUUUAUACCAUACAUGUAUUUCACCAGGUGUAGAGGUUUUUUAAAGUAUUUGUUUAUGUGUGCAUAAGUAGAACAUUGUUAAACUAAUAUAUACUGGUAUUUUCUCUUCAGUGUUGGGACUCCCUUAGUAUUGGGACACUAUUAAAAUCUGCAAAAAUAAUUAUUUUUCUCAUACCUAACAUUUGGGACAGAAAAAUUCUUAGAUAUGUUUCUGUUUCUAUAGUUUGGGACAAUAUGUAAAAGCAAUUUUUUUACCAAAAGCAAUUAUCUUACCAACCAGAAAAAAGUGAGAAAAUUGGGGGAAAGUGCCAGUAGAACUUUCUUCUUGGUAACAGAAUAUAUCCACAGAGUUUCAACAAGGUAGCACUUAAAGAAGUUUGCACACUUGAGUUAAACAUACAUGAAUUCAAAAUGGAUAUAAGUAAACUUGAUGCCCUUACAACUGAUUUUCAUUCAAGUAAUUCUAAGUGUGAAUGACGAUUUGUCAGCCAAUUCAUAAAAAAACUGUUUUAGAUUAAAAACUUUGUUUGAAAACAGUGUUUUCAAAAAAUUUAAUUAAAUGUUGUAUUUUAAAUUGAAUCAUUGAAUAAAUAAUUUGCUUUUAAACUUAUAAUGGCAGCCUAUUCAAACAGAAAUCCUACUUUCUUUUUUUUGUAUAUAAAAAUUUGGACAGAAAGCUUUUCUUGCAUUGAAUCAUGUCCUUUGAUCGUCACUUAAUUAUUACACAAAAUUUUUAACAUCAGCUGUUUUGCUCUGGUGAGACAAAGUAUCAGUGUGGUGUGUACUGUAUUAGCCAUUGUUCAUUUAUGAUAUGCAUAGCAAAUUCUUAAACAUGGUCUGUAGCAUAUAUGUUUGGACUGCUAAAUGUUUUUGUCCAAAUGAUUUAAUUUCACUGCAUUCAGAGGUCAGUGUACUCAGAUGUGUGGUGCAGGGCCAAUGUUAUUUUCUUUGCUUUUGUGUCUAAAUAAACAAUUAUUGUAGUUUAUGGUACUAAUUUCUACCUCUGUAUAACAUGUACAGGUUUUGGUACUGCUACAGGUUGCUAAAAGGUGCAAUGUAGUGAAUCAUCUGUGAGUUAUGUGUGGGAUAAGACAACUGCAUCCAUUAUAUUAUUAUUAUCCAAAAAUGAGUAACUAUGGUUGAUGUGUAAUAAAAUCAGAUUUGAAGACCAGUCUUUGAACUCCAGCUUCUAAAUGGCUGUUUAGGGAGUAUAAUUUUGAAAAUGACCAGUGGCAAGUCUGCAUACUUAGACUUGUGUCCAAACUUAAAACAUUUGUUUGCAUCAGCCUUUGUACAAGAUACUGUUUCUCAAAUUGUGUUUGAGAGUAUUUCAGCAGGUGUAAGAGUCACAUUAAGUGUACCAGAAACAGUCUUUGAAUCAUAUUUGAAUGUAUUUCAUCUAUUUGAGUCAUAUUUAUUUGUAUUGGAAAAAGUCUAUUUAUUAUGUAUACAUAUUUAAGAUAAUUGCUCUCACGAGUCAUAUGUAUGUGUAUUGGAAUACAAGUCUUGGAAAAUCAUAAUAUAAUCAUUAUUUAUAGCAUUUGUAUGAAAUAGUUAUAUUUAUGUGCUGUUAAGCAAAAUGAAAUAAAACUUACUGUAAUUUUUGUAGACAUGUAUAUGUGUAUUGGAAUAUGAUUCUUUGAAAAAUCAUAGUAUAAUCAUUAUUUAUAGCAUAUGUAUGAAAGAAUAUUUAUGUGCUGUCAAGCGAAAUGAAAUAAAACUUACCAUACUUUU